CAGCAGUCCCACUCCAGCCUGGAGCAGCUCUCAGUGCCGUCCGAGCUGAAAGCAUCGGAGCUAUUUCAGACACAUUAAAAGGAUCACAGUCAAUACCUCAGCUGGUAGAAGAAGGGAUAAACCUCUGUCUUAAAAAUGUCAAAACAGCCAGCGUCACAUGUCAAAGCCAUUCAGGCUAAUAUUAACAUCCCGAUGGGAGCAUUUCGACCUGGUGCAGGCCACCCUCACAAAAGAAAAGAACUUACACCUGAAGAAGUGGAGGAGAGCAUGCCUGCUUCGACAGAGGAGGAGAAAGACAAGAAACAUCUCCCAGGAGCUAAGAAGCUUCCAGGUCCUGCUGUCAACUUGUCAGAGAUUCAAAACAUAAAGAGCGAGCUGAAAUUUGUCCCCAAAGCUGAACAGUAGCUGGAACAAACAGGU